AGAAUGGGCUGUUGGGCCAAGCUGAGGUCCUCCACCUGGGCUUAUCCUACGGCAGUCCUGUCACUCUAUGGCUUUUUUGCUAACUGCAGAGUAGCAGAGCCAUUCCUCACACCAUACCUAAUUGGACCGCACAAGAACAUCUCUGAAGAAGUGGUGACCAACUACCUGUUCCCGAUCUGGACGUACUCUUACCUUGCCUUCCUUUUUCCCGUCUUCCUCCUGACUGACUUUCUGAGGCACAAACCUCUCAUUGUGGUGCAGGGGCUCUUCCUGGUCACCAACUAUAUCCUGCUCUGCUUUGUCCCCGGUCUGCCUGCCAUGAUCUUCCUUCAGGUCAACUAUGCUGUAGUGACUUCCACAGAGGUGGCCUAUUUUUCCUAUAUUUACAGCUUAAUUCCAGUUGAGAAUUAUCAAAGAGCCACUGGUUACCUCCGCAGUGCCAUGCUGGCUGGAUAUACAUUUGGUGCCAGCCUGGGCCAAGUGCUGAUCUCCCUGGCAGGAGUGGACUACUUCUACAUCAAUGCUAUCACUCUGGGGACUGUAAGCAUGGCUUUUCUCAUCUCCUUCUGGUUGCCAAUGCCCCAGAGGAGCCUGUUCUUCAAAGGGAAAAAGGCUGCGGGUGUGGGCUUGCAGUCCCAGCAGGGGGGGCCUUUGGGAGCGGAUGGACCGGUGAUGGAUAAGGAUGAUGUUGGCUCUGUGAAAGAGAAGAUGGAGCAUAAUGGCAGUGCUGGCUGGUGCAGCAGGGAAAAUGCAGCCAGUGCAGGCCAUCUACUCUGGCAAAGCUUCAGGGAGUCAUAUUCUUCCAGGAAUUUAAUCUACUGGUCCCUGUGGUGGGCUCUGGCCACAGCUGGCUACGUACAGGUUUUCAACUACAUACAGUUAAUGUGGGACCAUAUAGAACCAUCAGCCACAUCGUCCAUCUACAACGGAGGAGUAGAGGCUGCGUGUUCCCUUGUAGGUGCUGCAGCAGCCUUCUCUGUGGGCCACAUCAAGGUGACCUGGGCCGUGUGGGGAGAGCUGGCGUUAGGGUUGUUUUCAGCUGUGGGAACGGGUGCUGUGUUUCUGAUGGCGCUCACCAGCAGUAUCUGGGCAUGCUAUGCUGGUUAUGUCAUUUUCAAGUCCUGCUACAUGCUCCUCAUCACCAUAACAACAUUUCAGAUCGCAUCCAACCUCUCCAUGGAGUGCUACGCCUUAACAUUUGGAAUCAACACUUUUGUGGCCCUUUUGCUGCAGACCAUUAUAACAGUCAUAGUUGUGGAUGAAGCUGCACUGGGACUGGAUAUUGUGACACAGUUCAUCAUCUACGGCAGCUACUACGCCAUUAUCUCAGUGCUCUUUCUGAUACGAGGGACCUACACUGCCUGUGUGAAUCAGCACAAUCCUGAGCACACAGGAACCAAGGACCGAGAGUCCAGGGUGGAGGUGAUCUGUGCUGAGCGUUUCUGA